AUAACCUUUUGUAAUAGUUUUGCAGCUACAGUUGGAAAGGGGUCAAAUAUGCAGAAAAUGCUGGGAAAGCAUAUCCAGGACCUGGAGGAUGUUUCUGAAGCACAGUGGGCGGUUUAACUGCUCAGGACAAACAAGGGACUCGUGAAGAACUCUCGUAAAAACGUUGAUCAUCCAGCCAACAACACAAAAAUGAACUGGUUCAUUUGUGUAAAUUGACAAUUUACUAUUGUGUCUUGUGGACUAUAUGUAAACAUCUGUUGUGUGAAAUAGCUUCUUCGGGGCGGUACUAAAUAAACAACGAAACGCACGUUUUAAUCGCCCCUCUAAUUAUUUGUUUCACGAUUAACGUCUUGCGGAUUCUCCAAGGGGUGUGUAAAUUUAUGAGCACGACUGUAGGUAUAGCUCAUAUAAAUGUCACGUUUGACACUAUUCUUCUCACACGGCUAUUUAAAGUAAACGAUGAACUUUGGUGUGGUUUGCCACUCUUUGCAUCGUUAAAAAAGAUUCACUUCAACACUAAAGGCAAGAGAUCAAAGAAUAGGGAAACACCACUAUAAGGUAAGACACACACCAAUCCCUAGUAUAUACAGGAUCACUCUUCCUUCAUCAUCACUGUGUAUGGAUUUAGCUUUUAGAGUAUAUAUGUAUAGAGAGUUGCCAAAAGUGACCUCUUGACUAAAGAAUGUAACCUUAAAUAAAAAGAGGAAGAAAAAACUGUCUGUGUGAGAAAGAAACAGACAGAAAAAAAAAAAAAACUAAGAAAAGAGAAGUGAGGCAGGAAGUUGAGUGGCUUGUGGUAAACAGCUCACAGAAGUAGCAGUGAGAUGCUUAGUGCUGUGAUGCGCAGAAGACCUUGAAAGUAUCCGUACCCAGAACGUAUCAGUGUUCGACACUCAGCUCUGUGAAAGCGUUCUCAGUGUGAUCCCAGAACAACAUUUCGUGUCGCGUUCGUUCGUUCGUUCGCCCGUCACGAAGACCGUGCGAAGUGAUUGAAUUAUUUGAACGUCACAAACAUGGGAAACAGUGGAGAGGAGGGAAAACUGCACCGAAAACUGUCUCGCAUAGGGAGCAGGAGUCAGAGAGAACCACCGAGACCUCCACCUCAAGCGGAAAGGCCUCCACCUGCCGCCCCACCUAGACAACCUGAACCUGCUCCAAAACCUCCAGAGGCUUCUGCAAAACCUGUAGAGCCUGCACCCAAACAGCAAGUGGUCUGUCCAAAGCCCCCUGAUGCCUCCUUAAAGCCCAGUAUUCCUCCCAAACCUCUCAUACAGGUGUUCAAUAGCAAGGAGCAUGGAAAUGCCAUACUCCAGGGUCUGGAUCAUUUUCGCUGUGAUGAAACCUUGUGUGAUGUCACUCUGGUGCCCGGCGAUAGCGCUGAAACCUUUCCGGUUCACAGAGUGAUCAUGGCUUCCGCCAGUGACUACUUCAAGGCCAUGUUCACAGGUGGAAUGAAAGAGCAGGAGCUGGCUGAAAUUAAACUACAUGGAGUGAGCAGCACAGGCCUGAAGAACAUUAUUGAGUUUAUUUAUACCUCUCAGCUAAGUUUGAACUUAAGCACGCUCCAGGACACUCUGGAGGCUGCCAGUUUUCUCCAGGUGCUUCCAGUUCUCAGCUUCUGCAAUCAGCUACUUAGCAGUGAGGUCACCAUAGAAAACUGCACAGAAGUUGAGCGCAUUGCUAAUGAUCUUCUCCUGGAGGAUGUCCAGACCCACAUACACAACUUUGUCUGUGAGAACUUCUCAGCUCUAGUGCAGAGUGGUCGUUUCCUGCAGCUUUCUGAGGCUAGCAUAGCACAUGCCCUAUCCAGUGAUUCACUGAAAGGAUUCUCAGAGAUGGAGCUCUAUCGCACUGCCCGUGCUUGGCUGGCACAUAAACCCAGUGAACGCCGGCCUGCGGCCUACUCCUUGAUGCGCCACGUUCGCUUCCCCCUGAUGAGCCCUGCUGAACUCCUACAGAUAUCUCAGGAGGACCAGAUUGAUGAGGCAAGCGGUGAUGAAAAGGAAGGCAGGGAGCCAUUCAUGCGUUCUGACACAGCUUGCGUGAACCUACUCUUGGAGGCUAGCAACUACCAGAUGCUGCCGUUCCUUCAGCCUUCACUCCAGACCGAGAGGACUCGCAUUCGUUCAGACACAACGCACCUUCUGGCUCUGGGUGGGGUGAUGAGGCAACAGCUGGUGGUGAGCAAGGAGCUUAGGCUGUAUGAUGAGGAAGGAAGAGGCACCUGGAGGGCCCUCCAGCCAAUGGAAGUGCCUCGCUACCAGCAUGGAGUGGCUCUCUUAGGGGGCUUCCUUUACAUUGUAGGAGGGCAGAGCACUUAUGACACAAAGGGUAAGACAGCAGUGGACAGUGCGUACAGGUACGACCCUCGUUUUGACCGCUGGCUGCAGGUGGCCUCCCUGAAUGAGAAGCGGACAUUCUUCCAUCUGAGUGCUCUGAAGGGGAAGCUCUACGCUGCUGGGGGAAGAAACGCCACCGGAGAGAUUGACACGGUGGAGUGUUAUAACCUGAGCAAGAACGAGUGGACCUUUGUGGCUCCCAUGAGUGAGCCUCAUUAUGGCCAUGCUGGUACAGUGCACGGAGGAUUAAUGUAUGUGUCUGGGGGAAUAACGAGAGACGCUUUCCAGAAAGAGUUGGCUUGUUAUGACCCAGACACAAACUUGUGGAGUCGUCGCGCAGACAUGAUGGAGCUGCGUGGACUCCACUGCAUGUGCACUGUAGGAGACCGACUCUACGUUAUGGGGGGAAACCACUUCCGUGGAACAAAUGACUAUGAUGAUGUCCUCAGUUGUGAAUACUACACUCCUGCAAUUGACCAGUGGACAGUGGUGGCUCCGAUGCCCCGAGGUCAGAGUGACGUUGGCGUGGCCGUGUUUAAAGGCAGAAUUUAUGUGGUAGGAGGCUACUCUUGGAACAGUCGUUGUAUGGUCGACAUUGUGCAGUGUUAUGACCCUGAAGUGGAUGAGUGGGAGAGGGUAUUUAAUGUGCUGGAGCCUUUAGGAGGUAUACGUGCUUGCACCAUGACUGUACAUCGUCCAAGUGGGUCUGUAGAUGAAGAGCAGAUACAGGAAUGUCUCCUUCAGACAACUAAGAGCUGAGGAACAGAGGAGAAAUGACAUAUUGACAUGUCUGAAAAAUACACAAUGAGUGUAUAUGCGUGUGUAUUUUUCAGGAUAUAUAUAUAUAUGUGUGAAUGGAGAGUGUUCUGGAGAAUUAGACUAGGUGCCCCUGUAUAAACCGCAUAUGAAAUACUUUUAAUAAUGUGGCUUUAUGAAAUGAAUCCCAGUUUAUUUGAUUCACGUGGAAACUUGCUUUUGUACCAACUACUGAUUAGAAGUAUUAUAUGGACAUUGAGUCUUGAGGAACGAGACCGCAAACUGUGAAUAUUGUUUGUGUGCAUUGUGUGUAUUACUGUAUGUUACUCCUUUUUACUCUUUGUGUAACAUUAACGACAACAACAAAAAAAGACCUGCUUUUUAUACAGUCUCGUCCUAACUAUAAUUCAGUAAACUAUAAUGCAAUAAAUAACGCAAAUAUCUCAAA